UGGGGUUCGCUGCUCGAUUUUGAGAGCGACCUGCCCGUUGUUUGAAUAAUGGAAAGGGAACCCGACGUACAGAGAGACAGGGUGAGUUCGGGCCAACACUUCUAAGCACGUUGAUGCUAGGAAAAUAACUAGAACGAGACUUUUGGAUAUACGCUAAUCAUCGCCGCACAAAAAUAGCCCGACGAAAUAGGAAUGAGGGUUGAAACCCGAACGUCCGCAGCUUCUCCGCCAGGCCAACCCCAUAGAUCCAAGGCUGACCGGGGGCCGACCACAUCUCCCAGAAGAAGGCCCACAAGCAUCGAUGAGUCCAGAAGGACUGGUCCUGCGGUGCGACGACGCAGUUGGGCAGUCUCCCGACGAAGCGAAAGCGGCGCGCCCAGCCAUGCCCGCCAGACAUCGCUAACCGACCAGAUGUUCAUGGUCGCUGGCCCUGAUGAGUCAGCCCAGUUGCGGCUAGCUCAUGAGCCCUUUGUCCAGCCGGGUUAUGCAGACCUAAACCCCUCCUAUGAGCAGCCUACUAAUGCCAAACCGGUGUGGAGCUUGGCUAAGCCUUUACCGCGGGUGGUGCGGCCGGGCAUGGUACCUACCAAAGAGGAGCUGUUACAACGUCGUGCGAAAGCGCAGCGACCGGUAGAACACUCACAAAGGCUCGGACUAGAUGUAGACCCGAAUGAGCUUGAAAAAGGACGUAUUCGAACGUCUGUUGAUCCACGAAAGAUAGCGGCUCAGGUUGAGGAUGCUAGGGUGCAGCGCGAGACUAACCUUAUGAAUAAGGUUCUUAGUGGUGAUACGAGCUCAUUUGGUGGUGCUUCCCGGAUGUUGAGCCCUUCCUCUGGUCGUAUAAAGCGCGCGUCUACGUGGGCGGUGCCUCAAGACCAGCUGUCGACUGUCGAGGAGAGCGAACCGCAGACUGAAAUUGAUGAUCAGGAUACGCCGCAGCAUCCAAUUGAUGAUCCCCUGGCGUCUCCUCCAAGUGAGAGGGACCCGCUGCUAGGCGACGAAGCUAACGAGUCGGUGCAUAUACCUCUUUUUGACGAGAAGGCUUGCCCAGACGAUCUAGACCCCCUUGUUCAGGAUCUCGUGGUAGAAGAGGUGCACAACAACCACACUACCUGGUCCGUGAUCCGUACCAACCAUCGCGAAGCACUCGCUGAGUCCCUCGCAGUCUUCGUUCAACUGACUAUCGGUUUCUGUGCCGAUCUCGCCGUCACGCUGGCCAACGCAGGGAACCCUAAUACCACCGCCUGGGCCUGGGGCCUGGCAACGAUGAUGGCCAUCCACGUAUCCGGUGGGGUGUCCGGUGCACACCUUAAUCCAGCAAUCACAGUCGUACUCUGGUUCUACCGCGGGUUUCCCAAUCGCAAACUACCUAGUUACUUCGCAGCGCAGUUCAUCGGGGCAUUCUUCGCCGCACUUGUCGCAUACGGCAUCUACUACCCGUCCAUUCAAUAUUAUCUCAGUAUCAAUGGAGACAGGGAUAUAUCCAACAGCUUCAUCACCGGUCCACAGGCACUAUGGGUUCAUCCUAUAGCCGCAUUCUUCAACGAAUUCGUCGGAGCCGCCAUCCUAGCCAUCACAAUCUUGGCCCUAGGUGACGACCAGAACGCCCCGUCCGGCGCCGGAAUGAAUUCCUUCGUUGUGGGACUGGUCAUCACCUGUUUUGGCCUUACAUUCUCCUACCAAACAGGCGGAGCACUAAGUCCAAGUCGCGAUUUCGGUCCGCGACUAGCCCUGUUAGCUCUAGGUUAUGGGCGGAGGCUAUUUGCAGAUUCAUACUGGAUUUAUGGUCCGUGGGUAGGUGCCAUCAGUGGCGCUUUUACGGGCGCCUUCUUAUAUGAUUUCAUGGUUUUCACGGGAGGGGAAUCCCCGGUUAAUUACCCGGUUGAGAGGACCCAGCGGGCUGUGAGGAAGAGUCGGAUAAGGUGGGCUCACAGACUGCAUAUUGGCCGUGGGUAG